CUCCAUCAUCUUCUUCUUUUUCUUUAUCAAGAAAGGCGCUUCAUCAUCAUCUUUUCUUCCUUUUUUGGGUAAUUUAUUGCGGCCGCUGUGAUAGUGAAGACACCCGAGAGAGAGAAUCCAAUGCCAAUAGAACCAACCAUCUUUUCUUCCUUCAACUAGUUAGCCUUUCAUCGCCCAAAAAAAAAAAAAAAAAAAGGUUAGCCGUUCUUUUAAUGUCACAAUGUCUAUAUAAAGGCAACGCAAUCAUUUCAAAUCACUCGCCCAGAACAUUUUGAUCUUGUUUCUUGGGUUUCUAUUCUUGGUGUGGGUUGCUCAUAUUUCUAGGGUUUGUGACAAGAGCAUGGCUCGGACACGUAAGCUCGAAAAGCAAGCACUGAUCAAGUCCUCGCCAGAGAAAUUGUUCGACGUUUACAAGAACAAGAUCAACUUGAUGCCCAAAAUCAGUCCCGACAAGUUGCGCAGCAUCCAAGUCAUUGAAGGUGAUGGCGAUUCUGUCGUUGCAAAAGACAAGAUAUAUGCUGUAGACGAGGAGAACAAAUCGAUCACAUUUGAGAUCAUUGGAGGAGAGGUCACCAAGUACUUUGUGAGCUAUAAAGCCACCAUUCAGCUGGUCUCGGAGGGGCAGAAUAGCUUUGUGAAGUGGAGCGUUGAAUAUGAGAAGAUGAAUGAACAAGUUCCUGAUCCUCACACUCAGCUUGACUUCUUGAUCACCAUGACCAAAGAGGUGGACAAUUACCUUGUCCAAAAUCCCUAAACACGUAAAAGAGAAACCUUUAUGGCAUAUGCAGGGGUGUGGGUUAAUUUGCAGUAAUUAGUAGAUAUUGAUCACCAGCUUUCCUUGUUGAAUAAUUUGUGAGCAUAAGAUUCAGAUUUCUCUGUGUGACUAGCUCUAUUAUCUAUAGUUGGAGGGCAAGUGUUUCCAGUUCUUAUCCUUUUACCAUGCUUGAUAAAGUCAUUGUGUGUACUUAAUCAAAAGGUUCAUAUGAAAAAGAACUUCAUGUUGUGUUGGUUCUUAAGUUUUGUAAGUGCCAUGUCAAAAGAUUGGUUGUCUAACAUCCCAUUU